AAUUUAGUUUCAUUUUUUUUUCUCUUUCAUUUUUAUUGAAUUAAAUGAGAUAUACGAAUGUUGUUUAGUUACUGUUUCUUUAUGGAAAUACUAGUUGUGAAAGCGGUUCCAAAUACAUUAUGCUGUGCCGUUCAAGGAUUUUACAAUUCAACAGUGAACACACAUUCGAAAUAAUUAAAUGAAACGAAGUUCAAAGUCUAAUUUGAUGACUUGUUGGCUUUAUUUGUGAGGCAUUCCCUCGCAUUUUGUAGUUGUCUUUAUAACAGAGAGUUGUAAUCAAAAUGGCCAGUGUUCUUAAACAAAGGGGGUUACAAUUAAAGAAACAAAUGCAAGUCUUACUAACUCAAAGUAUUAAAUUGAGUAGUGUAAAAAAUGAACCUAACAUAUUGAAAUCUGUUUAUGAAGACAUACCACCAGUGAAUAGUACUAUAAAUGACUAUAUUUGGCAAAACUUGGAUCGCUGGCCGGAUAAGACUGCUGUGGUUUGUGCAGCAACAGGUCAUGGAUAUACCUACGCACAAACUCACAGGAUGUCUAUUUCCUUCGCUGCAUCACUGCGAACGAAAUUGAAGCUUAAGAAUGAUGACACAGUGGCUAUUAUCCUGCCAAAUGUGCCAGAAUACCCUUGUACUAUGCUAGGCGUGUUGGAAGCCGGUUGUAUUGCUAGUAUGAUGAAUCCUGCGUACACCGCUCAUGAAUUACAUCGUCAAUUGGAAUUAAUCGAAUGCAAAGCUAUAGUAACAUCAAAACUAUCAUAUCCUAGUGUAGCUGAAGCCAUUAAAAAAUUAAAAACAAAACCUGCAGUAAUAUUAAUUGAUAACGACGAACUACCAGAAGGAGUUAUAAAGUUCGCGGAGUUUGCUGAAGAUAUGUCAAUUGAUACGGACUGUUUGAAAUCUGUGCAGAGGAGUAAAAAAGAUGUUGCCAUACUGCCUUUCUCGAGUGGUACUACUGGUUUCGCGAAAGCUGUGGUACUAACACACCAGAGUGUGGUUGCUAUGAAUCAAAUGAUUAAUAAUCCGGAGAUUAUUGCUGUUGAUGAAGCUACCGAUUCUUAUCAGUGUGCAGUACCAGCGGUGUUGCCAUUCUUUCAUAUCUUCGGCUUCAACGCGGUGAUGAUGAACCUCAUGACAAGAGGAAGCAAACUCAUCACCUUCGCCAAGUUCAACCCGGAGCUCUUCCUGAAGACUAUCGUGCAGCAAAGAGCUGAACAUUUGUACAUUGUGCCACCUAUGGUUGUAUUCUUGGGAAAGCACCCCGCGGUGACUGGGGAACAUUUGCAGUCAGUGCGUGGCAUGAUUAGCGGUGCUGCGCCACUCUCGGAGUCUGACGCCGCUGCUGUCUUGAAGAAAAACAAAAACAUAUUCUUCCGUCAAGGCUACGGACUGACGGAGACUAACGGGGGAGUUUCAGUGGGAAGAAAAACUGAUGUCAACCAUGCCACCGUUGGAUACCUCUUCGGCAGCUGCGCUGCUAAAAUCAUCGAUGUUAACACACAACAAGCACUGGGACCUGGGGAAGAAGGUGAGAUUUGGGUUCGCGGGCCGAAUCUAAUGCAGUGCUAUUACAAGAACGAGCAGGCCACCAACGAAGUCCUCACUCAAGAUGGCUGGUACAAGACGGGGGACAUCGGGAAAUACGACACAAACAAAUAUCUAUAUGUCACUGACAGAUUGAAGGAAUUGAUCAAGGUGAAAGGCUUCCAAGUACCUCCAGCGGAAUUGGAAACUAUUUUACGUACACAUCCUAAGAUAAUGGAUUGCGCGGUCAUCGGGGUUCCGGAUCACAUGACAGGGGAAGCUCCCAAAGCAUUCGUUGUCGCACAGAAAGACAUCACAACAGACGAAAUCAAACAAUACGUGAACAAUCAACUUGUAGCUUUCAAACAUAUCAAAGAAGUACAAUUCGUUGAUGAAAUACCUAAGAAUCCAGCUGGGAAGGUUUUAAGAAAGGAUUUAAAAGCUAAAUAUUGUUGAUUUUUUUAUAUUAUUACGUAUCAAACUAGCCUGGAUUCGCCGAAAUAGCGAAACGACCGCAGCCCAUAGACAUUCGUUAUUGCAGAUGCGUGUCCUUACCUUUAAUAGUAGGAGGGGAAUUCUACGCCUAAUUAUACUCUUCUUCCCUUCUCUUAUAAGGAAAGCAUGGCAAAGGGAAGUGGAUUUAACAAGGACGAACAGAAAGAGAAUAUUUCCUCUUCCUAUGUGUCCUCUCCUCCGUUAAAUCCACUUCCACUUGCCAUCUUUUCCUUAUAAGAAAAGGAUGGGAAAGGGAAGAAGACUAAUAUUAAGCGGAGAAUUUUACUGCCGUGACAUUUAAUAUGGAAUAGAGAAUAGAUCGAGUUAUUUGACCCGGUGGGCAUAAGUCAAACUAAAUUAUGACAGCACACUAGCGCCCUCAUCACAACAUCCUUGUACGUAGAUAUGGCGGCUGUCAAUUUUUUUUAUUGGUUAUAUAUUUGUUGCUGUUUUUUUUAAUUUUACCUUAUAUACGAUUAUGUUUGAAGUAGUUUUAAUUAUACAUUAUAUGUAUAAGUAUGAUUCAAGCGAAAGGCUCAAAAGUGUAUUUUAUUUUAUGUUAUAAUCUUAAAUUUAUAAUACAUUUUGGAUAAAUUCUUAUAUUAUCAAGAU